UAGAGAAAGACAGGUGUGUCUGAAAGCAGCAGGUAACUAAACUGUGUGUUUUGUGUGUGUGUGUGUGUGUGUGUGUGUGUGUGUGUGUGUGUGUGUGUGUGUGUGUGUGUCUGUAUUGUUCAUCCUGAUGGAGGCAGUGUGUGAGGACGACCUUUGCUGGCUGCAGCUCGAUGAUUUCAGGAUGCUGCUGAUCAAAACCAUUGAUCCGUCCAGGAUCACACCUUACCUGCGCCAGUGUCAGGUGAUCAGUGCCGAGGAUGAGGAACAGCUCUUCAAUGAUCCGACCCUCAUCAUCAAGAGGAGAAAAGUUGGGGCCCUGCUGGACAUACUGCAGAGGACUGGGGUCAAAGGCUACACAGCCUUCCUCGAGAGUCUGGAAUUAGACUAUCCUCAGCUGUACAGCCGGAUCACUGGGAAGGAGCCCAACAAGACCUUCAGCAUCCUGAUCGACACGGCUGGAGAAUCGGGUCUAACUCAGUUCUUGAUGUCUGAGCUCAGCCGCUUGCAGAGGGCGCUGCAAGACGAGAGGAGGCGUCGCCAGCAGGCCUGCUCUGUUGCCCAGGAACAGGAGGCGUGGUCCCGCCAGCAGCAACUGAAGGACCGUGAGUUGAGGAAGCUGACUGAGCGUGUGCAGAAGAUCCGGGAUGAGCGGGAGCGAUUGAGCGAGGAGGUGAAGCAGCUCCGAGACCACAACUACAGCCUGAUGGUGGACAUCAACAACCUGAACCAGGAAAAGAGCAGCGCCUUACUGGCCAACAGAGACCUGCAGAUAGAGGUGGAGCGUCUGAAGCACACUGUGCUGCGAGCAGAGAAUCAAACUCGACUGUUGAGACAACGAACGCUGAGGCCCAUGCAGGAGAUACCUGGUCUGCCAAAAGACCCCUUCUUCCAUCCCAACCGGCACGAGGAGCAGAAAGAGGAAGCGCAGGAGGAGAAGGAGGAGAGGACAAAGCAGGAGAAGCAGGACAGCAAGCCAAAGGAGGUGCAGCAGCUGCAGCAGAGUCCAGCUCCUCCUCAGAUGAACCUCCUCACUACAGUGUUCAGACUGAGGAGGGAGCUCCACAGAGCAGAGGAGCAGAGAGGCAGGAAUUUGGAGGAGAAGGAAGAGCUGGAGCUGUGCUGUGCUCAGCUAAAAGGAGACGUCAAGAUGUACCGUCAACAAAACAAGCAAACCCUGCGUCAGCUGGAGGAGGUGAUCAAGGAGAGAGACAAGGCUCUGGUUUCACAGGCUCAGCAGCAGGAGGAGGCGCGGCUGCUCCUGCAGGAGAAGGAUCAGUACAGGGAGCGCGUCAGACAGCUCUCAGAGCAGUCCGACAAGCUGGAGCUCCGCCUUCUGCGGUCACAGGGGGAGGAGUUACAGUUAAGGACACGCCUCCGCAAGAUCACCUUUAACUCUAAGCAGAGUGUGAGCAGUGAGGAAGAGGAGGAGCCUGGAGACAGCGUCAUCAAAGGCAGCAGGGAGGAGGUUCCCAGCGGGAUGUCAGGGGAGAAUGAGGAGGUGGUAGCUCAGCAACAGCACCAGAACAGUGUUCCUGUGGGAGGAACAGGACAGUCGGAACACGGCCCCAGCAGUGGUGCAUCAUGGGAGGAACAACCAGGCGAAUGUCUCACCCUCAGAUCUCGUCCCAACUUCCUGUACCGCAGAAAGCGAGCCCUGAGGUCAAAGUUCAACAAGACAGAGUGCGCAACCAGUAACCUUGACGACAGCAGCGGCAGUGACAUCACUGAGUCAGACUGACAUCACUUCACCCAGAUUUCAGUGAAAGAAUCACAACCUGUUUAUUCUGUUUGUUUGUUGUCACCCCAACUGGGCAUAAAGAUGGCCGACAGGAUGGCUUCAGUUCAAAUCAUUCCACUUUACGUUUUAAACUGGUAACAUUCUUCUGACGUUCCCCGGUGGCAGCAGAACAUCGCUUUUCUGGGUUUGCUAACGAAGGCUGCAGCCACCCAGAAAAAGGCGACGUUCACACUGCAAGUCUUAAAGCUCAAAUACGAUUUUUUUUUUUUUACUGAAAUCUGAUUUUUUUUUUUUUUCUUUGUGAUCGUUCACAUAACCUUUUUUAUGUGAUCUGAAUCACACUUUAGUGUGAACGGUACGUGGCCCUGAAGUGACACGCAUGCACAGAGGAGCACGUCACCCAAUGGAUAGUGUUACGUCAGUAAAGAUGGAUGCUUUUUUGUGCCGGGAAAAAUCUGAUAUGAGUCACAAACAGGCGAACAAUCAGAGCUGCAGUGUGAACGUAGCCAAAGUCCUUUUUUGUGCUCUACAGUGAGAUACAGCCCUCUUUAACACUGAUAUCUGCAGCAUGUUAAACUGUGCUGCUAGCACCUCACUCUUGUACUUGAGGUCAUCUUCUGGACUUCAUUAGAGACAGGAAAGACAUCCAGCAUUAGACUGUGUCUUCCAACAGACUCCUGACCGUGUCCAUCCAUCAGGAAUUUAAAAAGUUGAGCAGGGUGAAGCUGCACUCCAUCUGCAGACAAGAUGUUUUGAUUAAUUUCCAUAACUGAAUUAUUAACUGCUACAGCUUAUUAUUAGGAGGAAGUUAAGUUAAAUGUGUCAAAAAUAUGUGAUGCUGGCUUCUCUUGAGCAUCUUCUGGCUCAAAAACGAUUAUUUAAUCUUCUCUCUGCCUCAGAAGCGUCACCUGACCGCUGUAACGUGUCAUUCACGUUACAAGGUGUGUUGGUACAGGAAUACAUGGAAAACCUGCUGGAUUGCGGCCCUCGUAGGACCAAAUUGAGUAGCCCUGGUUUAUAGUAUGUAUGUGAUUAAUACUUUUCCUUUAAGAAAACAUCUUGAACUCUCUUCUGAUGCCCCUGUUGUGGGGGUGUGACCAACACAGCACAUGCAGUGUCUUUUCAAAAUGGAGGGAAUUUCAAUUUUCACGUUUUUCAUGUUUCUUCGUUUACUGUCUUAAUCUUGUUAAGUGGUCAUUAAAUGAAAGGAUGUUUUUAAAAAUCCAUACAAAUAAUAAUACACUAUUAUAGCUGCACCAUAACAAUGUGUAUUAAGCAAGACAUAAUAAACAUUGUUUUUGAAAAAAAAUGUUGCAACAUGUUUCUUGUGACCACAAUACUUGAAUUGUCAUAAAAAGAUUAAAAAAGAAAAACUUUUUUUUCUCCCAG